AUGGAUCCCCAAUCUAACUCCACGUCCUUUCCGUGGGCAGCUGAAUCGUCAGCACUGUCCGCCUACUGGACGCCACGCACCGGCUACUACCUGACCAUCCUCACCGUGCUGCUUUCUGUCUGGCUUUUUUUGCGAUCAAACCCCGAAUCCAGCAAGCUUUGUGUUCCUUUCUACAAGACCUCAAAAUUAAAAUGGAUAUUUGAUGCAGAAUCACAGAUUGUCAAAAGCUACAAACAGUUUCAAGACCAGGUUUAUCAGAUCAAGGCAACAGAGGGGAUUCAGGCCAUUAUUCCCCCAAAAUUCAUUGCUGAGAUCAAGGGUUUACCCGAGGAUGUUCUCAGCGCCACAGAGGCUGUAGCUGAUGCUCUUCAAACCAAGUACACCAAAUUCUCGCCGGGACACAACGGCGAAAUGCUAUCACUUCUUGUCAGAACUCGUUUAACGCAGAAUCUCGCCGAACUGAUCCCCCAGCUCAAGAGCGAACUAGAGCAUUACAUCGGUACCGAGUUCCCAGCUUGCGAUGACUGGACGCCUGUCAAAUGGCAGCCGUUUGCUCUGCGCGGCAUUGCUCGGCUGAGCGGCCGGGCUUUCGUCGGGCCUUGGCUCAAUCGCGAAGAGCAGUGGCUCAAAGUCACCAUUGAUUUUGCCAUUGACGUCUUCAUGUCUGUUAUCAAAUUGCAGUUUUUCCCUGAAUGGUUUCGUCCCAUCGCUCAAUACGCCGUGUCAGACUUGCGCAAGAUACGGAAAGAUAUUGACAUUGCUAAAUCUUUAUUGAAGCCCUUGCUGGAGGAAAGAAUACGUGACAUGGAAAUUUCGGCCUGUCACGAACCACCGAAUGAUCUGAUGCAAUGGCUUAUUGAAGCUCUUCCCGAAGAAGAAAAGGCUGACGUGGACACUCACGCCUUACUGCAACUCAUCUUGGCUGCUGCGUCCAUUCACACCACCAAUAACCUCUUGUUUGAGUGCAUGGCAGAUCUUGCCGAUCACCCUGAAAUUCAGCAAGAGCUGCGAGAAGAGGCCUAUCAAAUACUAGAGGCAGAGAAUGGCUGGGCUCGCAAGGAAAGCAUGACCAAGCUCAAGAAACUCGACAGCUUCAUGCGAGAGGUCCAGCGGCUCCGUGGGAACGUUACUUCUUUUAUCCGCAAGGUCAUAAAGCCCAUCGAUCUCUCAGACGGCACGCAUCUACCCGCAGGCACGAGAGUCCUAGCUCCGCAAGCAGGCAUUUCUAUUGACGAGCAGUUUUUCCACAACCCUACGGAAUUAGAUCCGUUACGCUUCUAUCACAUGCGGCAAGAGUCGGCCGAGGCGAGCAACCGCUGGCAGUUCACAUCGCUCAACGACACGAAUCUCAAUUUCGGCGCGGGGAAGCAUGCCUGCCCCGGUCGAUUCUUUGCUGGCAAUGAGAUCAAACUCAUUCUGGCAUUCUUCCUCAUCAAUUAUGACAUAAGGUUGAAGAAGGGAGACAAACGGCCGCAGCCAAUGGCCUUGGUCAUGACAAAGGGGCCAAAUCCGAAUACAGAGUUUGAAUUUAGGCGGCGGCAGUUGGCGAAUUAA